AUGGGAGAAAUGGGGAGUAAGCCGUCAAACAUAAAAGACACUGUGGUAGGAAAUAAAUCUGUGAGAUUAAAAGAUGUUUCAAAGGAUGAAGAAGAUAUUGAAACCAAAUUAGACAGAAAGAAUGAGAAAAAGAUUAAGCAGAAAACGAUUAUGGAAAAUGAAAAAAAAUUAACCAAAAAAAAAUGCAGUUUAUCUGAUAUAAUUGAAGAGGAAAUUAGAGACGAUUUUCAGGGAAGCGAUCUUGAUGAAGACCAAAUUGACGAAGAAUUUCAACUUUUUAUAAAACAAGACAAAACUGGAGAAACCGUGAAGGAGAAGGAGUUUGGGGUGGAAGAGGAUGGAGAGGACAAAACUGGAGAAACAAUGAAGGAGAAGGAGUUUGGGGUGGAAGAGGAUGGAGAAGUGGAAGAUGGGGAUGGAGAGGAAGAGGAUCAAGAGGAGGCGGUUGGAGAGGUACAGGAUGGAGAGGAGGAUGGACAGGAAGAAGACAAGGAUGGGAUAUGGGGUUUAGCGGUCCG